AUGGGCUGCUGCCAAGGCAAGGACUUUCAGACUUCGGGUGAGCAGGCCAAGGAGGCCGGGUCACAGGAAGUUCAGGAAGGCAAAGAAGGGAUCGAUGCAGACUCGGCGGAAAACCGGAAUCUCAGGUCGCACGAAAGGCUUCUGAUCACUGUGCUGUGGCGGCGGCUCUCCCUGUUCAGCCGUCGGGGCUCCUCGCGGUCAAACAAGAGGCAAUCAGUCCAAAAUCCAAAGCAGGCGUGUACGUUCCAGGAGUGCAACCGGGAGGGGAUCCAGGAGGAGCCGGAGAAGGGGUGACCCCAGCCCUGUUCUCAGUCCGCCCCAGCCU